GGUCCUCCUGACUCCAGGGCCGGUGCUUUACCACUGCGCCACCUAGCUGCCCCUACUGGGCACUUUUAAAAUGGUUAUUCCCUUCCCCAGUAUCUUCUCUCUUUCUCUGGCCCCGGCCUUUGGCUGUUUCAGCUUCUGUCUCUGCUUUCUCUCUUCGAGAUUCUGCGACUCUCUCAGUCCUUCCUUCCACCCACCAUGAUCCCGUUUCUGUCAGGCUGUGUGUUUCUGCGCGUCAUUCUCAGGCUUGGUCGAUGAUCUUUCUCCUGUCUGUCUGUCCGUUCGUCCCAGCCUUUCUCUCCAGACACAGAGAUGCGCUCAGCCAUCCCUCGCCCCCGCCCCUGCCCCGCCUCCUGGAGGGAGGGAGGACUGGAGGAGGCAGGCUGGGGCCGGAGUAGGCGGGGGUGGGGUGGGAUAUGACGGAGCCGGUGCUGGGCUGGGCAGGGCUGCGGAGGGUGAGGCUGAGGCUACUGCGGAGACGGCAGGAGACAUGGUGGGCCCCGAGAAGGAGCAGAGCUGGAUUCCACGGAUCUUCAAGAAGAAAACUUGUACAACCUUUGUGGCCGAUCUCAGUGACCCUGGGGGCAGCCGAUGCCAGUGCGGUCGUCCUAGGGCAUUCCAUCCUGCUGUGGCAGUGGAAGACGCCUUCGGAGCUGCUGUGGUCACAGUGUGGGAUGGGGAUGUUCACACCACAGAACAGCCCACUGAUGCCUAUGGAGAAGUGGACUUCCAUGGUGCCAGUCGAGGGUUCAGCAAGUUCCUUCGGCUGUCUGACCGCACGGACCCAGCAGCAGCCUACUCCCUGGUUACCCGCACCUGGGGCUUCCCUGCCCCCAACCUUGUGGUGUCUGUGCUGGGGGGCUCCGGAGGUCCCAUGCUGCAGCCCUGGCUCAGGGACCUGCUACGUCAAGGGCUGGUGAGGGCUGCCCACAGCACUGGCGCCUGGAUUGUGACUGGAGGGCUCCACACGGGCAUUGGCCGCCACGUCGGGGUGGCCGUGCGGGACCACAACACGGCUGGCACAGGCUCCACCAAGGUCGUAGCCAUGGGUGUGGCUCCCUGGGGUGUAGUAAGGAGCCGAGAGCACCUUGUUAGUCCCAAGGGUCAGUUCCCUGCUCGAUACCCUUGGCGAGGGAGCCUUGAAGAUGGAGCCCAGUGCCCCCUGGACUAUAACUACUCCGCUUUCUUUCUGGUGGAUGAUGGGACUCAUGGACGCUUUGGGGGCGAAACACGUUUUCGGGCCAAGCUAGAGUCCUACAUCUCCCGGCAAAAGACUGGGGCUGGAGGGACCGGAAUCGACAUUCCUGUCCUUCUUCUCCUCAUUGAUGGCGAUGAAAAGAUGUUACAGCGUGUGGAAGAUGCCACCUUGGCUCAGGUGCCUUGCCUGCUAGUGGCAAGGUCUGGGGGUGCUGCUGACUGUCUGGCUGAGACAUUGGAGGAAGCCCUGGCUGUGAGGGGCUCCUCUUCCUCCUUUGGGACCCAGAAUGCUGAAGUCUGUGAACGGAUUCGACGUUUCUUUCCCAGGGGUGACCUUGAGGCCCUAGGGGCUCAGGUAGAGAGGAUCAUGUGUCGUCGGGAGAUGUUGACAGUGUAUUCAGCAGAGGAUGGGCCCGAGGAGUUUGAGACAGUGGUGCUGAGGGCCCUGGUGAAGGCCUGUGGCAGCUCAGAAGCAUCCGCGUACAUGGAUGAGUUACGCCUGGCCGUGGCCUGGAACCGUGUGGACAUUGCACAGAACGAGAUACUCCGAGGGGACAUCCAGUGGCGGUCUACGCACCUAGAGGCCUCUCUCCAGGAUGCUCUCGUGAACGACCGGCCAGAGUUUGUGCGUCUCCUUGUUUCCCGGGGUCUCAGUCUUGGUCACUUCCUGUCCCCAGCCCGGCUAGCCCAGCUCUAUACAACUGCCCCCUCAGGCUCGCUGGCACGACACCUGCUAGACCGCAUAUCCCCUGGACCUGGGGCUGAUGGGGGCCGCAAGGAGAGCUCUGCUCCUGGUGUCCUCCCAGCCUCCCCGCUCCGGGAUGUGCGCCUGAGGGAUGUGGGGCGGCUUCUUCGCGACCUGCUUGGAUCUGCCUGUGCCCCUAAGUACCACGAAGGCACCACAGUGGAUAGGUUGGAGCCAGAGCCCGACGGAGGCCGUCGAGAGAGCAUGUGCCUCCUGGUGGAUCCCACAUCGGAUGCCACCCUUGGGCAGGCCCCCUGGACUGACCUGCUGCUCUGGGCCCUGCUUCUGAAUCGUGCCCAGAUGGCUGUGUACUUCUGGGAGAUGGGGACUAACUCAGUGGCCUCGGCCUUGGGUUCCUGCCUCCUGCUUCGAGUCCUGGCCCGCCUGGAGUCUGAGGCUGAGGAGGCUGCUAGGAGAAAGGAUCUGGCAACCAAAUUUGAGGGGCUCGCCAUGGGUCUGUUUUCAGAGUGUCACCGAAAUAGUGAGUCCCGAGCCACCCGCCUGCUCUUGCGCCGGUGCCCACUCUGGGGGGGUGCUACCUGUCUCCAAUUGGCAACACAAGCUGAUGCCAGGGCCUUCUUCUCACAGGAUGGGGUACAGUCCCUGCUGACCGAGAAGUGGUGGGGAGAGAUGGACAGCAGCACAGCUGUUUGGGCCCUGGUCCUCACCUUCUUCUGCCCCCCACUCAUCUACACCACCCUCAUCAAUUUUAGACCCAUGGAUGAGGAGCCGCUGAAGAGAGAGCAGUGGGGGUCAAAUGAGGAUGGCAUCAACGGUGAUGGCCCCCCCGGGCCCGCAGACAUCCGGAAGAAGCUGGGGACCAGGACGCCUGCCAGGGAGAGCAGCCCAGGGCGCUACUGCUGCAGGGCCGGAGGGCAGUGGGACCACUGCCUCCGCCGCUGGUCCCAGUUCUGGGGGGCUCCAGUGACAGUCUUCCUGGGCAACGUGGUCAGCUACCUCCUCUUCCUCCUGCUCUUUGCCCGGGUUCUGCUGCUGGAUAUCCAGCCCGAAGCACCCACUGCCAUUGAGUUCCUGCUGUAUCUCUGGGUCUUCACCUUGCUGUGUGAGGAACUGCGCCAGGGUCUGUCGGGGGGCUGGGGCAACCUCGGCUUCGGCACAUCCCCAGGGCCUGGGAAGAUGCCCCUGAGACGGCGGCUGCGCCUCUACCUCGCUGACACCUGGAACCAGUGCGACCUCCUCGCCCUGGGCUUCUUCAUGCUGGGCGUUGGCUGCCGGCUAACACCGGAGAUGUACCAGCUGGGCCGCACAGUCCUCUGCCUGGACUUCAUGGUUUUUACCCUCCGUCUGCUACACAUCUUCACGGUCAACAAGCAGCUGGGACCCAAGAUUGUGAUUGUGAACAAGAUGAUGAAGGAUAUCUUCUUCUUCCUCUUCUUUCUGGGUGUGUGGCUCGUGGCCUAUGGUGUGGCCACUGAGGGCCUGCUCCGGCCUCAGGACCGUGACCUGCCAGCCAUCCUAAGAAGGGUUUUUUACCGGCCCUACCUGCAGAUCUUUGGCCAGGUCCCCCAGUCAGACAUGGACGUGACCCUGAUGCAGCAGGACAACUGUUCCAAGGAGCUGGGCUUGUGGGCCCAGCCUCAAGGGUCCUUAUCAGGCUCCUGUGUCUCCAUUUACGCCAACUGGCUGGUGUUGCUGCUCCUGGUCGUCUUCCUGCUGGUGGCCAAUGUGCUUCUGCUCAACCUUCUCAUCGCUAUGUUCAGUCACACCUUUGGAAAGGUGCAGGGAAACAGUGACCUGUACUGGAAAUUUCAGCGCUAUGGACUGAUCCGGGAAUUCCACAACCGCCCAGCACUGGCCCCACCCCUCAUCAUCUUCUCGCACAUCCUCCUGCUUUUGGGCCGUCUGGGUCUCGGGCAUCGCCGGCGGAUCCCGCCCUCAGCGGAGGAUUUCAGGCUGCACCUGUCUGACAAGGCAGAGCGGACAUUGCUGACAUGGGAGUCAGUGCAGAAGGAGAACUUCCUCCUUGGCCAAGCCCGGGACAAGAGGGAGAGUGAUGCUGAGAGGCUUCGGAGAACGUCUCAGAAGGUAGACACAGCUCUAAAGCAUCUGAAUCAGAUUCGGGGUUAUGAGCGGCGCUUGGUGGGACUGGAGCAGGAGGUCCGUCACUGCAGCCAACUCCUCAGCCGGGUGCUUGAGGUGCUGAGCCACUCAGAGCUGAUCUCACCAGAGAAGCCACCCCCGCUCACCUCCCUGAAAGAAUGAGCCCCUUGGAGCAGGACACCGAAGGACUCCCAUUCCCUUUGAAACACAGGACUCAGGGACAUCCCUCUGUCCCCCCAGCCCCACCUAUCAGGGACAAUCCAAGCCUCCCGUCUCAAAGGACCCUCCCCAUUCCUAGGGACCUGCCCAGGAGUGAUCUUUCACUCCCAUGCACCCUCCCUUCAGGGUCCAUUCCAAUCUCCGGGAAGAUGGCCACAUUGACAAUAAGCCCAUCACCAGGUGCCUCCCCCCAUCCACAUUGGUCCAAUCUAAAGUGACCUGUGCCCCAGGCAGCGAGACCCAAGUCCAAAGAUCAAGUCCAAGGAUGACAAAAAGGGGCCCAGUCUAAACCUGGACUGUGGAAAUCACCUCAGGGAACCAGGGCCUGGGGCAGGGCCAAGGAUUCUGCCCCACAGUGUCUGAAGUCUUCACAGAUUGUAA